CCACUGCCGCAGACGAUGGACGGCGAGAGCGCCGUCCCCGCUCGCUUUGGCUCCUCCUCCUGCGCAGUUCGUGAUCCCGUCACGGCUGCGGGAGCCUUCGCGCCUCCCCUUCCGAGCGGCGCGGGGCGGUGCGGGAUGAUCUGGGCGCUUGGUCGCUGGCGGGCGCGGCGGCCCCCGCGCCUGCCCGAGCCCUGGAAGGGACUCGCACGACGUCGAGACCCGGAGGGUGCGGCGGGCGCGGAUCCGGAGAGCGAGGUGCCCAUUCCCUUCUCUAGCAGCAAGGCCAGUCCGCGGGUUUGGAGCGUCAGCCGGUCCAUGGGGAGCGACCACGAGAGGCCGUGGCUGAAGGUGUUGCCUUUCAGUGUGCUGUGCACGGGGCUGUUGCUCUGGUGUGUGUUCAGGGAAAAAACGGAGAUUGAUGAGCGACUGGAAGUGGUUUUCUCCGGCGAGAUCGUGGACUCUUUAGAUAUGGCCCAAGAAAGCAAUGCUCCCUUGCAGCUGCCGAAGGAGCAAUGAGGACGGGAAUGCGGCUACAGCAAAGGAGCUGCCAAAAGUUUGCUGGCAUUCACCUGGUUAAAAACUGUACCGACUCAUUAAUGGAAAAAAACUUGGGUUUUUUGAGUUUCGGCAGCCUUAUCCUGCAAGCUUGAUUUCUUCAUGACACUUUCUGUGCUGGUCUUACCUUAGUAAUUUACUUUGGUAGCAAAAGGUGUAGUUUCUUUCUGGAUUACACAGUAGGGAUGAACAAGACAUAUUGCAAUUCAACUUGAAUUUUAAUAUAAGUUUUAUAUAACCCAUCACUUUUCCAUGGAUCAUUUUUCUUAGAUGCUAGGUGUAUUAAAAAAUAUGAAAUCUGAAUGUCUUUAAAAUUGCUGCUGAAGGUGACCUUUGUUUGACAUUUUGGUAGUCAAUUUAUAUUUCAGAGCAAUUGUAAAUGUAGCCAUUAGUGUGCGAUUGUGGUCUGAUUUUUUUUUUUAAAUUCUGCUAAAUAACGUAGAAAUUACCUUCACAGGUUCGUGCUUUUGGGACUAGAACUUUUUAGGCAUGGCUGAUUCAGGUGAUCAUUACUGGUAGGAGAGCAUUUUGCAGAGAAUCAAAAUGAUUGGCUUGCAUUAUACUGGGGAGGAAACCCCUGGAUUCCUUGAACCAUAUAGUGCCUAGGCUUUUUCUGCAGAUUUUUAGAUGCAUACUCUGGAGACUUUUCUUGGAGAGGAGAAAUGUAAGAUACUAAUACAACUUAGUUCCCUUCAAAAUUAGAGGCAUUUUUUUUUUAAGCUUUCAAAUGUAAAAACAGAAGAUUGGUUUUGUGCCAUUAAAAUCCAUAAUUAAAAACCAAAAACUCCCAAAGAUGGCAGCAACUGUUAAGAUAGGCUGGAGUUGUGCAGAAAACUGGCGUAGGAUCAUGUUUAUCCAAUGCCACUGAUGAGUCUCUGAACAACAUGCACUGUCGUGGCAUUUGAUUUUGCCAUAGAGUCCCUCAGUUUAACCACACGAUGCCUAGUAAAUGAAUACACCUGAUUUGGUACUGCCACAAGGUUUAGUCUUGAUAUUCAACCUAUACUACAGUAGAAUAUUCCAAGUGAGGGGUAUGCAUUGGGGUGUUCUGAUGAAAAGAAGAGUGAUCCUGAAUUGCUUUUAUAUUGAAGCUAAGGUGUAAUACCUGUUGCUCUUGACUAGCUUUCUUACUCUAAGUUAUAUGAAAACAAUGAACCAAGCAACGUGCUGCUUUGUUUAAGGAAAUACAGAGCUGCCCCUUCAUGCGUGCCUUGUUUUGGGUGAUAAUAAGCGUUUAAUAAUAAAACUAUUCUCGUAGUC